AGGUGAACCCUCUCUCCCUCUCUGACGUCCAUAUGGGUUUUUAUUUGUUUGUUGAUUUAUUAUUUUCAUAUACUGAAUCAGUUUGAAUUAUUCCAAAACCUGUUCUACAGGAAAAGCCCAUUUUCCCGGGAAACCAUUUUCAUUGUGUUUUGUAUUUUUGCUUUCUUCUAGUUUGAUGGGAUGUUCUAUGGGAAGCCCUUCACUGUUUUGGGUGUUUCUUGAAAUUGUUUUCCAUCAAAACAAGCAGGGUACAGAGAAAAUGUCUUCAAAAUUCAACACUCAUUGAGGAAAGUUCUCCUGGGAAAAGGUUACUUAGCUGCUAAUGGGUUUCAUUUGUUUUGCAGGAAAAAUUUUUCCCAGAGAAAAGUCAAUGGCCUGUAGAAUGGGAGGAAUAAUGUUGCAGUCAACUUUAUCAGUACCGGAGAGUGAAAGCUCUGACUGUUCAUAUAUCACUUUCACAACUUGUUGUACAAUCCAGAACUGGAACAAUGAACCAAGUUUCAGUGGACAAAUCUCAAAGCUUGGGAUGAAAUCUGCACCUUUUCCAAGAAAGAGUUUUCAGACGAGAAGACAUGGUUGGAAAACGGCCUUUGCUCUAGACACAGGUGGAAUUCCUGAUAAUGGCGGCCAAGAAAACCUCAAUGGAAAUGGCCCUGAUCUUGGCCAGACUCGAUUGGGCAGGAUAGUGAGUGCAGGUGGCCGGCAGCUACUGGCAAAGCUGAAUUCAGCUAGAAAAAAUUUUCCCAUGAAGGUCUUUCUCCUUCUGUUAGGCUUCUACACAGCAAAUGCACUGGCUACAAUUCUUGGACAGACAGGUGACUGGGAUGUGCUGGUUGCAGGUGUUGUAGUUGCUGCCAUUGAAGGGAUUGGCAUGCUUGUGUAUAAAAAAUCUUCGUCUCAGUCUACUGGGAGGCUUCAGUCUUUGGUGGUGAUGAUAAACUACUGGAAAGCGGGUGUUUGCUUAGGUCUAUUUGUUGAUGCUUUCAAGUUAGGUAGUUAAAAAUAGUGAGCAUGCCUAGCUUUAAUCAUCUAGUUGUUUUAUGUACCUGACCAACUGGAAGAUUUGUUGAAAUUGCAAAGGAAAGAGUUCUGGGUUGCCCAAGUUCUUGUAGCACUGUAUAUAAACUGCUUCACUUCAAUUCUUGUGUUGUCUUCCAUUGUUGCUUUCCAAUCCGGUAAUGUGCUCAACAAGAUCAUGAAGUGAAGUUGCUACAUUUUAUAUUUCUAA